CAUUAUGCAUUGUCACGAUUCACGAAGUAUAUUAUUGGUAGGUUAAGGGUCGCUUUAUCGAUAAUCUAUCCUUCACCACAACAAAGCCCACCCAUAUGCUCUGUUUCUUCCUCACUCCUUAUCAUUCACAACCUCUAAUCUUCUCUCAAACAUUCCCAUUCUGAUUACAAUGAUCGAUACGCCGUGUCACAAAACUCCUGGCAGUAGCACCAACAACCCCUCCACUUCAAAACCCCAUAAAACAGAGACUCCAAAACAGAGCAAGACCCAAAAACAGAGCAAGCUCAAGAGAAACAGAGACCCCACCAAGCAUCCCGUCUACCACGGCGUUCGAAUGCGCAAUUGGGGCAAAUGGGUGUCCGAAAUUCGCGAGCCACGCAAGAAAUCACGCAUAUGGCUCGGAACUUUUGCCACGCCUGAAAUGGCGGCACGCGCGCACGAUGUUGCAGCUCUGAGCAUCAAGGGCCACACGGCCGUUCUCAAUUUCCCUAACCUAGUAAAUAUGCUUCCCAGACCCGUGACGUGUGCCCCACGUGACAUCCAAGUGGCCGCGGCGGAAGCCGCCGCGAUGGUGGAGUUCGACCGCGAGUGUUCUGAUGAGGCGGAGUCGUCUGAGCUAAGUGAGAUUGUGGAACUGCCGAACAUAGAAGAGAGCUUGGAAUCGGUGGAGUCGAGAAGUGAGUUCGCGUUUAUUGACUCAGUGGAUAGUUGGUUGUACCCUCCAAUGGCAGUGGGAAGCAUUUGUGAGAUGAUGGUUGGUGAAGAUGAGUGUGGAUUCUUCCACUUUCAGACUGAUCAUCAAAAAACAUGUUCCGUUCAGUUUCAACUCUUUUAAUUGUUUCUCAGAUUAUCAAACAUGUUCCACUUUUCUGUUAUCUCAUUCAAAUCCCUGUUUGCAUUUUUGCU